AUGGACGAGCAGGUGUUCAAGGGGGACCCGGACACCCCUCAUUCCAUCUCCUUCUCGGGCAGUGGGUUCCUCUCCUAUUACCAGGCGGGGGCCGUGGACGCCCUGCGAGACCUGGCACCAAGGAUGCUGGACACGACACAUCGCUUUGCAGGGACAUCAGCAGGUGCAGUGAUUGCAGCCCUGGUCGUCUGCGGGAUUGAAAUGGAGGAGUACCUUAGAGUCCUGAACAAGGGAUUGGCAGAGGUAAAGAAAUCCUUUCUGGGACCGCUAUCCCCAUCCUGCAAGAUGGUACAGAUGAUGCGCCAGUUUCUGUACCAAGCACUGCCUGAAGACUCCUACAAGUUCGCCACCGGGAAGCUGCACGUGAGCCUCACGCGACUCACAGAUGGAGAGAACGUGGUGGUCUCAGAGUACACAUCUAAGGAGGAGCUGAUUGAGGCCUUGUAUUGCAGCUGUUUUGUCCCUGUCUACUGUGGUUUCAUCCCCCCAACAUACCGGGGUGAGAGGUACAUCGAUGGUGGCUUCACAAGCAUGCAGCCCUGUGCCUUCUGGACGGACUCCAUCACCAUCUCCACCUUCAGCGGACAGCAGGACAUCUGUCCCCGAGACUGCCCCGCCAUCUUCCAUGACUUCCGAAUGUUCAACUUCUCCUUCCAGUUCUCCCUGGAGAACAUCACCCGCAUGACACACGCGCUGUUCCCCCCGGAUCUUGUGAUCCUGCAGGAUUACUACUACCGGGGCUAUGAUGAUGCUGUUUCAUACCUGCGGAGGCUAAAUGCUGCGUAUCUUGAUUCCCCCUCCAAGAGAGUGAUUUUUCCCCGGGUAGAAGUGUACUGCCAGAUAGAGCUCGCCCUUGGCCAUGAGCCCCAGGAUCAAAGUCGGCCAAGCCUCCAAACGCAGGGGGACAUUAAGGAAGAAGCCUCGAAACCACACCCACAGGGGGAUCCUAAAGAAGACGGAAGUGGUGACCAUCCCCCUGUGUCUCCAUCCCGGAAGACACCUGAAUCCACAUCUCGGAGACUGGACCACUACCGUCUGUUGCAUCACCUGAGUCCCCUCAGCAGCAGGGAAAGUCCGGCUCCAGAUUCAAACUGGGUCAACAAGGUUUUCAAGAAAACCAAACAGAGGACAAGCACCACCAGAAAGUGCUUCCCCAGACACCCCCAGACCAAGAAGCCAGCCGGCAAACUGCAGUCUGUUCCUUGCCCACUCGACUUCCCUGUGCUGACCACAUCUGAGACAGUUUGGGUCACCUACAAACCUCAUCCCAGCCAGAUCCAUGAGAAAACAGCUGCCCUAAGGUGUGGCCCUCCAGGUCCAGCCUCAGGAAAGAAGGUGAUUUCAGACAAUGCUGAGUACGCAGAGAACCGUUGUCCACCCGUGUCAUCAGACUUGUUCAGGAAGCACAGAACUGGUCUGUCCUACAUCUUCAGGAUCUUCUGGCUAAAAAGCUACUGA